AUGGAAAGUGGGGACCGCCCCCAGCUCAACUAUAACGCAUGUGUCAUGUGCCGGCGCAGGAAAUUGAAAUGUGAUAGGACCCAACCUCGUUGUGGCCUCUGCUCACGUCUAGGGAAAGACUGUAUCUACAACGCAAUACGCAAGAGGAGUGGUUCGAAACGAAAGCUCUUACAAGACCUAGACACACGCCUGAGUAUGUUAAAACUGAGGCUAACCAGCCGCUUCCAGAAGUUUAUCAUACAGCUAAUGAUUAUUCUUCUACCAGCCAAAAUUGAAGAGCUUCUUAAAGAUAAACAUUCCUACCCUGUGCUGCAAUUGUCCUCUUCGUCAUCUUUACCUGAGAAUCAGCAUAAUAUGCCUCUAUCUGGACACAUCGGCUUUCCUUCGUCACAGUCACCACGGCUUGAAAAUUCUUUGUUUGGUCCCACGAAACAUUUUGCAAACGGGGUAGAAGCUUGUCGGGUCAGCCAUACGCACUUUACGGUGGUUCCUGGCAAUUCAAGCUAUUCUGAAUCGAACUCUGCUGGCCUGGCCUUAGGGGAGCAACUUCCCUCCAAGGACACCAUUCGUGCCCUGGACAGUAUAUUCUUCGAGAGGGUUUACCCGUCUAUACCCAUCAUUCACCCACGCCGCUUUUUUGUCAACUCAAGUCUCUCAGCCCCUUCACGCCCAUCGCUUUCCCUGCGGUAUAUAAUUUGGUGCCAUGCAUCACUAUCCUCUGAUCGAUACUACUCAUUCCACGGUGAAUUCUAUCAACGCGCUCGCAAGUAUGCUGAACUUGGCGAGACUACAGAAAGCUUUAGGCAGGGGAUCGUCACUUUGUCGCACUGCCAAGUGUGGAUACUAUUAUCUAUCUACGAGUUGCGAAUGGUAUCCCUCCCACAAGCAUGGGUCAGUGUAGGUAAAGCCUCCAGUCUCUCCUUGGCUACUGGUCUCAAUCAAUUGGAUGGGCCAAUUCAAGAUGUCAAGAUGUGUAUUCCUCCUCCAAAAGAUUGGGUUGAAAGAGAAGAACGCCGAAGAGUUUUUUGGAUGGCGUUUUGCUUGGAUUUGUACGCUAGUAUUGGGACUGGAAGGCCUAUGGCUAUUGACGAGACAUCGAUUAUAACUACCCUUCCUGCUUCUGAGCAGUCUUUCCUGGAGAGCAAGCCAGAACGCACCCUUAAUUUAUGCGAGAUCUUUGCCGGUGAAGGUACAUCCACCUUGUCUUCCUUGGCUUACGUUUGUGUGUCAGCCAGUUUGCUCAAGCGUAGCUGUCCUCACACCCGCCGAAUCCGCAAAUGCGGUAAUGAUGCUGGUGUGAGCGAGCAUUAUAGGCAACAACAUCAGAGUCAUGAUGAAAUUCUCAUCCCCAUCUUUCAACGUCUUCCCGGGCACCUUCGGCUACCCAACAGUAUGAAUGAUAUCAAUGUCAUUUUUUCUAAUCUGUGCAUACAUGCUUCCACGAUUCGGCACCAUCAAGAGACCAUCAUCCAGGGUGAAACGUGCAGGGUGCUGGAUUGGUAUAUGAUGGAAAACAACCGCCGUUGUAUAUUAGCGGCGAGUCAGAUAGCUAGCCUCGCAAGGCUAAUCAGGGAUUUUGCCCCGUUAAAGGUAUUUAAUGCCCUUCGUCCUUUGACACACAACGGGGCUGACGACCAAUAG